AUGAAUCCAGGCGAGAGCCGUGCCAUCCACCCGGACGGCGAGCUGUUCCUCACCAGCUCAACACCCAACACAAACACAUCUUCCUCCGGCAGGCCGGACGGAAACAACCGCGUUGAGCCUCUGCGCAUCAACAAGCGGGACUCGGCCAGUCCGCAAUCUGCCUCGAGUCCACCCAACAUCCCCCUCCCAUACCCCGAUGACCGGCCACGCCCGCAACUGCGCUCAUCCAGCAGCUCCCACGAUGCCCGUCCCACCGAUGGGCUGCGAUACAACUCGCCGCCCCCGGUCAGCGCAGGCUCAGGAUCGGGCUCGGGCUCGGUCAGCCCCGCUGAUUAUCCGCCCGCGCUGCGACCUCGCGAUGGCCGUGAACCACGAGUCGCUACUCUAGCAGAGCGUCGCGGUGCAGCGCCCAAGCCGCUCCCCGAAUCACCUGGCCCUGAUGCCCCGGACGCUGCUGCCCUCGCGGCGCGGCCAUACCCCAAACCGCCAACGGCCUCGGCACCCGUCGAGUCGGGCGAGCAGCAAUACGACUAUCGCCAGCAGUACUACCCACCACCAGUCAACUCCUCGUCCCGGCCAGGCUCGAAUCUAGCCCCGCCAUCCUCAUCCUCGUCCGGGAUUAAUCGCAUUAGUUCAACGGCGUCGACAUCGACGACCCGCGCACAGCGCGGAUCUCCCCCGCCCCCGGAGACUCCUAUCGUUGGUCCCGGCCAGCAACCGGGCUCGGAUAUCGAGGCCCGGUAUGCGGCGGCGGGGAUUGCGGGGACAGGCACGCUAGCGGGUCUGCAGUCGCAGAGCUCGGCGGCUCAGAGACGGGCUGAGCAGUAUGUUGGGCAGCAGCCGACCUUUGGUCAGCAGGAGUCGCAGAGGCCGUGGACGCCGACGGAGUUGCCGGGGUCGCAGCCUCAUGGGCCGCCUACGGUUUAUCAAGGUGCUGAGGUGGUUAGUGCUGCGCAGAUUGGCCAGGCGCAGGCGCAGCAACAUCCGGGUCAGUAUGGUAGCCCGCCACCGCAGCAUCCUAGCCAGUACGGCAGUCCUCCACCGCAACAUCCCAGUCAGUACGGAACUCCUACGCCGCAGGCUCAGCAAGCGCAGGCGGUUCCCUUGGACCAGCAGUCGAGAAUUCAUGCGAAUGCGCUGGAGCAUGAUAUGGAUCGUAUGCGCAUCAGCGAUGAGCCUCCUCCUGCUUAUUCGAGUGUCUCUGGCGCGGGUGCUGCUAAUGGGUAUCCGAACGAGAAGCCAGGUGCUGCCGCGGCGGGUGUCGCAGCGGGUGUAGCGGCUGGAGCUGCUGCUGGAGCUGUCGCUGGGCAUCCUGCUGUUGCCAACCAAGCUCACCCUGCUAUCGUGUCUGCGCCCUCUCCUGCGCCUACUGCCUCGACGGAGGGUCAUCCUGCCUUUGCGAAUGAUCCGCGCCAGCAGUCUGGCGCGGGGCAGUCGCCUCAGAAUGCUGUUGCUAAUGGCCAAGCUCAAUAUUUGCAGCAGCAGCAGCAGCAACAGCAACAAACUCAGCAACAAGCUCAGCAAGCACAGCAAGCGCAACAGUACCCGGCACAGGUUACCUCCCCUGGACCCUCUGGUCCCCCUCCAGCAUCUCCUCCACCUUUGCCAGAGGGCUGGAUUGCACAUCUAGAUCCGAAUUCUGGCCAGUACUAUUAUAUCCAUCUGCCCACGCAAUCAACGCAGUGGGAGUUCCCUAAGGGUCCCACGCCUCUGAACCUGAACGAGACCCCUCUUUCUCCCGUGGGAAGCGUAUACAGUAGCCACCCUCUGACAUCCCCUGGUCUAUCAGCCUUUGGCAAACCUCUGGCCUCUCCGGGUGUCCCUCUGACUCCUGGCUUUGAGAGCUUGCAGUCACCGAUGGCGGGAUUCACGGGUCCUCCACCAAGCAGUGGAAUGGAUAUCUAUAAGACCGCCCCGACAAACGGUGUCUAUUUCGGUCCCUAUCUGCGAUACACGAACAUGGACCUCGAGCGCGGUCUCUGGCUAGGAUCUAUCCUCCUCGUCACUGACGCCGCCCAACCUCCAACGAUCCACCUCCAUCAAAGUGUGGACCUAUCUCCGAACCCGCGCCAGCUUAAAGCAAUCAACAUCGCCGCACACCAGCGAUGGACCUUUUAUAAGUACGAGAUCGACCUGCAAAUGGACGACGCCGGUCCCGCGAAGUGGACCUACGCCAUUACCUCACAUCUCGGUUGCACACGAUACGAGUUCCUCGUCGCUGGCCGACACGAGACGAACUGGCGUUUCAUCGCAACAUCCGGCAACGAUUUCUCAUUGAAUGUGAACGCGAACGAGCGCGCGCGCCUCGGCGGCGUCGGUUUCAUGUGGAAAGAUAUCAUGCAGAAACACAAUGAGAUUGGCGGGUUCCAUACACAGCUUUGUCUGGGCGGUCAGAUCUAUGCUGAUCGGAUGUGGAAGGAGAUUCCUUGUUUGAAGCAGUGGCUUGCUAUUAGUGGCAAGGAGGCGAGGAAGAAUGCACCAUGGACGGCGGCGAAUCAGCAGGAUGUCUCGCAUGCGUAUUUCCAUUACUAUACGAGUCAUUUCGAUCAGCCGUAUUUGCGAGAGAGUUUUGCGCAGAUUCCUUAUAUUUGCCAGAUUGAUGAUCAUGAUAUUUUCGAUGGCUUUGGAUCGUAUCCUGAGCACAUGCAGUUCUCUAAUAUGUUCAAGAACAUUGGACGCAUUGGUAUCGAGAUGUAUCUCCUUUUCCAACACCAUACUACCCUCGACAUCCUCCGCAAUGUCAACAACGACACCGACCUUUUCACCAUCACCGGCACGGGUUGGCACUUUGUCAAGUACCUCGGCCCCGGCGUCGUCGUCGUCGGACCCGACUGCCGCUCAGAGCGAAACCCGCACCAAGUCAUGGCCGGUCCUACUUACCAGGGCCUCUUCCCCAAAGUGGCCAUGCUGCCGCCGAGUGUGCAGCACUGUCUGUGGAUGGUCUCUAUGCCGUUGAUCUACCCCCGUCUUGAGACGGCCGAGCAUAUUGCACAGACCGUUGCUACCGGCAAGAGAGCCGUUACUGGCGCGUAUAAUGUACUUGGUAAAGUGACCAGCUCCGUUGCUGGCGUGGUUGGCGCAAAGGAGUUUGUUGGUUCGGGCUUCGACUCUGUUAAGCGGGCUGUUGGAAAGUCCGGGCUUAUGGGAGGUAUUCUGAGUCCAUUUGGCGAGUUUGAUCUGAUGGAUGAGUUGCGCGAUCAAUGGACGCAUGAGUCCAAGGACCUUGAACGCACAUACCUCAUCCGCACCCUCCAAGGAAUCGCCCACCAAAAAUCCCUCCGAAUGACCUUCCUCUCCGGCGCCGUCAACGUCUGCGGCGCCGGCCUAGUCCACGACCCCUCCCAACCCUCCGACCACAAAACAAUGUACCAACUCAUCUCCUCGCCCAUCGUCAACACCCCACCCCCCUCCUACGUCGUCAAACUGCUCCACAGCAACUCCAAACCCCUCUACGUCCCCGCCAACGGCCACCGCUCCUCCGCCCAACCAACCGAUACAAAGGAGGACAUGAUGGAGAUCUUCCAGACGGACGUUAACGGCCAGCCGCGCGAGCAUAAGAAACUCAUGGCGCGACGGAAUUAUGUUGCUAUCGUUGCGUAUGAUCCGGAUGUUGUUUCGACGCCGGCGUUUGGAAUGCAGCAUCAGGCUUUUAGUGCGCAGAAGGCUAAGUUGAGUCUUGCGGCGGACUUUAUGGUGCAGGGGGAUGGGGCGUAUGCGAAUGUUGUUAAGUUUGGGCCGGUUAUUGUGCCUAGUUUGGAGGCUGGGAAGUAG